CGGGCUUUGGAGCAAAAUAUUCAUCCCCACUUAACAUGUCAAUCAGGAUUAAUGCCCAUACAAACCUCCCCUUUAGGUUCAUCCUGGUCCUUUCACUAGUGGAAGUACCGAAGCCAGGGCAGAGGCGGUAAUAUAUAAAGCAGAACAGGACAGGACAGGAACACAACUCCAAAGCCCAGCGGUUUCAGUAGCGCGCACCACGGAGCGUAGUCUGGACUUGUGUUUCACGUUUCUGCGUCUCUACCAGUGGAUGACAGGCGUAAUGACUGAUCACUCACUCAUUUCGAGAGCGUGAUGCAUGUCGACUAUCAUGUCAGAGCUCCUUGAAGUCACACACUUCUGCUUUUUUAUUAUUUUUUCGCCGGUGGAUUACUUAUGCAACAGUUUCUGAUGCUGCAGAUGAGAUUGUUUGCAUGCUGGUAAACUUGCAGCAGCUCCUAAAUCGCUGUUUCUGCACUGUUGGAGGAUAUCAGUAGUGCACAUAAACUUGCAGCGUAAACAUUAUAACCUACAUAUCGGCUGCGCGUGAGCACUUUUCGAGAUGGAUUUGAAGAGCGCGUGUCGUAUGUGCCUUUUCCCGGUUCAAAUGCUCUAUUAUAUAGUCAGAGCAAGUUUUUUUUCGCUGAUGCCAAGCAGAAGGAAGGACCUGACCAAGGAGGUGGUGUUGAUCACCGGUGGGGGACGAGGCAUCGGGCGUCACCUGGCUAGAGAGUUUGCCAAGCAGGGGGCCAGAAAGGUGAUCUUGUGGGGACGAACGGAAAAGUGCCUUAAAGAAACUGCAGAAGAGAUCUCUCUCUCUGGAACAGAGUGUCAUUAUUUCCUGUGUGAUGUGGCCAAUCGGGAGGAAGUUUACAAGCAAGCCAAGGUGGUUCGAGAAAAGGUGGGCGAUGUUACAAUAUUAGUGAACAAUGCCGCUGUAGUCCACGGCAAAAGUCUGAUGGACAGCGACGACGACGCCCUUCUGAAAUCCCAACACAUCAACACCAUGGGACAGUUCUGGACUACAAAAGCCUUCCUGCCUCGGAUGCUGGAGCUGCAGCACGGCCACGUAGUGUGCAUAAACUCCAUCCUGUCUCAGUCUCCCAUCCCUGGAGCCAUAGACUACUGUACCUCCAAGGCCUCAUCGCUGGCCUUCAUGGAGAGUCUGACGCUGGGCCUGCUGGACUGUCCCGGCGUUGGCUGCACCACCGUGCUUCCCUUCCACACCAAUACAGAGAUGUUCCAGGGCAUGAGAGUCAGGUUUCCACAGCUCUUUCCACCGCUCAAAUCUGAAGUAGUUGCCCAAAGGACUGUUGAUGCAGUCCGAGCUGACAAGGCCUUCCUCUACCUGCCCUGGACGAUGCAUGCCCUUGUCCUUUUAAAAAGCUUCAUGCCACAAGUUGCACUUGAAGAAAUCCACAAGUUUUCCGGGAGUUACACCUGCAUGAACACGUUCAAAGGGAGGACAUGAGCCUGGAUUGCACAGAAUGUAAGAGAGACCUCAAACUGCUCUGGGGUGCAAUGAAGGGAAUAUGGACCUUAAGACGUCUGGAAGUGGAGGAGGCCCCGUGAUAGUGUGAAGACGAAUACUUAGGGGACAUGCAAGGCAGUUGCUUCUGCAGGUAGAAUUAAGAUAAACUGCAGGAUACAGCCAUGUCCCAUUCGUAUAUGUGUGUGUGUGCCUAUGUGUAUAGUAUGACGGACUGAAUGCCUCACUCUCAACAGAAGCCAUGCAAAGGUUUGGACCAGUAGUUAUUCUGGGAGGUUUUCAUGACAUUUGUUUUAGCCUGUUUUUACACUUCUUUUUUUAUUCUCCUUUUUUAAUGUGUCUUUAAAUCGAAACAAGAUAAUAAAACGGAGUUUUAGAGAUG